ACUUUGUCUCUGUAAUCCACAAAUGGCGUACCCCGCUCCACGCCAACCCUAAUCAACAUUCCACAGUACCACACAUAUUACACUCUGACACAACUACCACAAUUUCUACGACUCAUCUCUCUCAAUAUUAUUGGUUAUUAAUUCGUAGAUUCGAAUUUAGAUGGUUCUAUAAUUUUCUGCACUCAAUUUAAAUGUACAGAUUCUUCGAAACUCUGAAUUUAUUGGUUAAUCAACUUUUCUAGUUGGUUCUGUCAAUAAUUUCACCCCUUCAUUAGUUUAUUUAUAGUUUUCCUAAUUUCAGGUCUUCUUUCCAAAUUCCAGAGAUUUAUAAAAAUCUGGAAUUUUGAUAUUUAUUUUUAAUUUUUUUUUAUAUCCUGUUAGGAAUAUAUUGGUUGUUGAAUCUUUGUUGUAUUGAGGGUUGAGAAGUUUCUGGGUUUGAAAGUAUUAUUUAAGCUGAGGAUAAUCAAAUGGAUAGAUUUGGAGAUGAGGGCAGAAAUGAAGAGUCCGCCAAUCUCCAAGAUCGUAAACCAUUUGGUGCCAAUCCAACAGGUUUGCUAUAUGACAAGCUGUAUUUGAUGCAUCACAAUAUGAAUUUUUCGGUAACGAUCUAGUUGAGGAAGUUGAUCUUGGGGGAUUAGAAGAUGAAGUGGAGGAUCUCCCUGCAGUUGCAUUUGAUGAAGAGGGAUUUCAACUUGACGGAGAUGAGGGUAAAGCCAUGGAAUCUUUAUCUGAGAUCGAUGAUCUCGCCAACACAUUUUCAAAGUUAAACAAAGUUGUCAGUGGGCCAGGAAUUGCAGGAGUUAUUGGUUGUUGGGGGUCCAGAGAAAGUUCAUCUGCUACUGAAUGGGCGCAAGAGUCCGAUUCUCCCAUUUGGUAUGAUCAGCAUGCUUUUGAUGCUGCAAGCACCGAGGAAAGCAAAAGAUGGUCAUCACAGCCAUAUUCUUCAUCUAACCGCUUUAUGGAAUCGAAAUCGUUGUUCAGAACAUCUUCACACCCUGAACCACAGCAUCAGCUCCCACAUCAGCAUCUACAGCAACACCUACGCCAUCACCAUUCUAUUGAAGCGAAUCUUUUUCCGAAGAUGCCGUUCACUUCAUAUCCUCCCGCUGAAGGCAGUUCACAGCAAGCUUCAGCAAAUAGUCAGUCUAGCCACCCUAAUCUUGCAUAUCGCCCGGCUGGGCACCAAAUGGCAGCUGCUUCUCCGAAUAUUUCUUCUUUUUCUAAUCCUCAACUUCAUAUGAAUGCCUUACCUCAAGGGUCACUUUAUGGGGGAAAUUUGCCUCAGGUAACUCAUGGUCUUCCAGUUAAUAGUCGUCUCCAGAACCAGUGGGGGAACCAACCUAGUUUAUAUCCUGUCGAUCGUCCUGUCCUCCCAAACAAUAUUUUGCAGCAACAACAGUCACCCCUUCAAAAUGGUUUAAUGCCUCCACAGCUGCAUUCCCAGCAACAUAGAGUUCAGCAUCCGUUUCACCCAUCCUUUGGCCAUCUAUCGGGGCCGCAGCCUCAACUUCAUAAUUCUCACAUUUCUGCAUCACCGCCUAUGGUAAGUAACUCUGAGAUGCUUGGAUUAGCUGAUUUGAGAGAUCCAAGGGUUAUAUCAAUGCUGAGAAAUAGACAGGGUAUGCAAUACUCUCAACAUGGUUAUGAAUCUGGUAGCCAAAAGAGUGAUAGCAGGUGGCCAAAGUUCAAAUCCAAGUACAUGACAGCAGAUGAAAUUGAAAACAUUGUGAGAAUGCAGCUUGCUGCUACUCAUAGCAAUGAUCCUUACAUUGAUGAUUAUUACCAUCAAGCUUGUUUAGCCAAAAAAUCUUCUGGUGCAAAGUUGGAACACCAUUUCUGCCCAACUAAUCUGCAUGAUAAUUCUUCCAGGACUCGUUCUAACAAUGAGCCACAUGCUUUUCUCCAGAUUGAUGCUCUUGGGAGGCUUUCCUUCUCUUCAAUACGCAGGCCCCGUCCACUUCUUGAAGUUGAUUCCCCAAAUUCAACUGGUAGUGGUAAUGCUGAACUGUUUGAUAAGCCUUUGGAACAGGAGCCUAUGCUUGCGGCUAGAGUGACCAUUGAGGAUGGCAUUUACCUCCUCCUUGAUGUUGAUGAUAUUGAUCGUUUCCUACAAUUCAAUCAGCUCCAAGAUGGUGGGACCCAGUUAAGGCAAAGGAGGCACAUCCUGUUAGAAGGGUUGGCAUCAUCCCUUCAGCUUGUUGAUCCUCUCGGGAAUAAUGGCCACACGGUGGAUUUAGCUCCUGAAAAUGAUCUUGUCUUCUUAAGGUUAGUUUCUCUUCCAAAGGGCAGGAAGUUCCUAUUGAGGUAUCUUCAACUUCUUUCUCCAAGUGAUGAACUCACUCGAGUAGUCUGCAUGGCCAUCUUUCGUCAUUUGAGAUUCUUGUUUGGCGGCCUUCAUGAUGAUCCUAGAGCUUCUGAACCAACGAUCAACCUUGCAAGAGCCGUGUCAUCUUGUGUCCACGGUAUGGAGCUUAAAGCUCUUGCUUCCUGCCUUGCAUCCGUGGUUUGUUCAGCCGAGCAUCCUCCCCUGCGUCCCAUUGGAAGCCCCACUAGAGAUGGGGCAUCAGUUAUUCUCAAGUCUGUUCUGGAGAGGGCAACUGAGCUCCUGACAAACCCUCAUGCUGCUAACUCCAGCAUUUCUAGCAGAGAAUUUUGGCAGGCUUCUUUUGAUGCAUUCUUUGGCCUCCUCACAAAAUACUGCUUUAAUAAAUAUGAUUCAGUUAUGCAAUCCUUCCUCGCCCAAGUCUCACCAGACACAGCUACUCUUGGGUCUGAUGCAGCCAAAGCCAUCAGUAGAGAGAUGCCCGUCGAACUCUUACGAGCAAGCCUUCCUCAUACCAGUGAGUCUCAGAGAAAACUAUUAUUGGAAUUUGCACAGCGGUCCAUGCCCGUGAUAGGUCUUGGGGGGCAGGGCGGAGGGAGUGGUGUCUCUUGAUAUUAUCGUAGUGCCCAUUUCACGAAGACAUGAAGUUGCCGGACACUUCAUAGAUAAAGACAUGAUUUCGUCAUAUUGGUUGGUUUCGGUUUUUUGUUUUACAUUUUUCCAAGAUAAAGGUAAGUUAGUCCUGGCCAGAUGGAGGAAGUUUUAGUAGACCAUCGGGGAAAUGUGUUUUCUGUAAUUUAACUUGGAGCUUAUUUUGAUGAUGCUCUGCUAUGUAUCCCUGUUUGUAAAGGGGAGUUUAGAGGUUAGAAAUGUACAGUUGCAGAUAGACUUUGCCUAUGUUGUCAAGCUUUUAGGUUUGAAGGUUGUGGGAAAGAUGUUUGUUACUAUGAUACUUGGACAAAUGGUUUUAUUUCUGUAACAUUAUUUGUAAUUUCUUGUCCUAAGCUUUUCCCUUUGCACA